UCAAAUGUAAACAUUGGAUUUGUAUCCCUGAAGGCGUGAGCGGUAAGGAAAGGAUAUGGGUCCGAUUUGAUUAUUGUGCUGCCUGCAAUAGAAUAAAAGUUACAAAGCUGCUUCAACAUGAAUCAAAUCAUCGUCUGCCGCGUUUGUGCUUCCAUCGACGUUCCUGAGCUUGAUCUGGUGGAUAUUUUUAUGAAGCACGAAGAGCAAGAGCGCAUUGCCGAUCUACUGCUGGAGCUAGCGGGAAUAAAGGCGACUGUCGAUGAUGGAUUUCCUCGCAAGUGCUGUACGCAAUGCCAUUCCGACCUUACCCAUGCUGUAAGGGUGCGACGCAAAUGUAUAGAAUCGGAAGAGUUCAUCCAAGCAUCCUGUGAUGCUGCUUCUUUCGUCCACUUUGAUGACCAAUCGGACAACGUUUCCAUGACAUCCAUCAAGGCAGAACAGCUUUCAUUGUACCGUUGCUGGGAAUGUUCCAUAGAUUUCUACAACGCCGAACAACUCCGGGAACAUUACGAAUCACUGCAUGCCAACGCAAUCCAUGGCUGGAAAAGCUUUGGCAUCAGUGAAGUUUCCCUGUUCGAUUCAACCGAUGAUGAAGCGCCCACUCGCCGAGUGGUUGCCGAAAGAAAGCCCGUUAAGCAACGCUACCGAUGCUGCGGAUGUCCACUCGUGUUCGAUACCUUGGCAGAGCUGCAACAACAUUCCAAGACGGAGCAUGCACCGCACGCAAUCGAACCCACCGAAGACAAACCGUUCCAGUGCGAAAUAUGCUACCACACGUACACUACCAAAUGGGGCGUAGUUGGGCAUCGCUCGACCAAGACUAUGCUAAACCAUCAGUGUGCAUAUUGUGGCGCUCUGUACGGUUCCAUACAGCGGCUGCGGGAUCAUGAGCAUACGCACACAAACCAUUCCAUCGAUUGCAAUCUUUGUGGAAAAAUGUUUUACAAAUCCACCCACCUGAAACGGCACCAGGAAUCUGUGCACGUGGACCCGAGCCUGCGGAAGAAGUACAGUUGCAAUGUGUGUGGCGUGCGCGUUAAUACGACAGCUUACUUAAAAAACCACAUGAAGCUACAUUCUUCCGAGACACCGUUCGCCUGCAAAUUGUGUGGGGUCAGUUUUAAGCUGAAAAUGUAUUUGCAUUGGCACAUGAUCAAGCACCGUGGCGUACACAAGUGCAUGGAGUGUGAGACAGCAUUCAAGACGCAAUCGGAGCUGCUGGAUCAUUCGCAUGUGCACGAGGGCACGAGACAGUUCGGCUGUAAUUUGUGUAGUGGCCGGUACACUACGGCCAAAAAUCUUACCAAACACAUGCGCCAGAAGCAUGCUCAAUUCAAAAGAAAGCAAGUGUAGUCGAAAGGAGUAAACAAAGAUGUGAAGAUCGAAAGACUAAGUACCCUAUCGAUUAAUCUAGGCGACAUCGGCUUCACGUACGCAGGACUGACUGUCCAACUACGGGUAAAAUCAAGUCACAGAAAGCCAGAAAUGGCAGGCCGAAACCUUUCAAGGUUGUAGUGCCAACGACGAAGAACUCGCCAUCCGACGAGACUCGGAGAUUGAUGACUUAGGCAUAAUUGGUUUGAGGUUUGAUCCUAUGUAGUCCGGAGGGGAGAUCCGGGUUUUUCGAGCCGAAAUCCAAAAAGGCUUCGAAAGAUCGCACCUUUGCAGCCAUCAUGCCUAUCUGUGGUCAGUCCCAUUGCCAACGUAGAGGUUGAGACACGCAGUGACAAAGUUACUGGAUGCCCUUCUGGUCAUAUUAGAGCUUCAGCUAAAGGACGAAGCUGAAACUGUAUUAGACAUGUCCUGAUUCAGUAUUCAAAUGCGUCUACCUUAACGCGCUAUGCUAUGAGGGCUGGUCAUGUCAUGCACAAGACUCCGGACAACCCAGCAAGUAAUGUAAAGGCUUUGAGGCUGCCCACAUGGCGAGAGGAGAUGUGAUAGGGCUAAACUGCGAGAUGGAGUGAGCUUGGCACUUGUGAGACCCUUCACGAGUAACACCAGCAACAAGAAGAAGGGCUUCCGAGUGCCUUUUCCCCGCAACGAACCCAGCCGCCGUCCCAGCAGUCAUAAUACCGGAACGGAAUUUCGAAAUGCAUAUGAACAAAAUGGCACAAACACAAACUAUUCUCGAGUGUUAUUUUUAGCUUUUUUGUUUUCUUUUGCUUUUGCUGUUUGUUGUUUGUUUCUGUUUAAUUAUCUUAUAUUCUUGGAUUUGUUUUUUUUUUCCUCGUAUUUACUUUUAAUUGUUUGUUUUGUGUGUUUUUUUUCUUCUUCUCCUAUUUUUAUGUUGCGGUUCAGUUCACAGAACAACUUUACGUUUUACAAUUAUCUGCUACUGUUUUUUUUGUGUGGUUUUUGUUCAUUUUUCUAUUAGUAGAGCGCAAAUUGGUGCACAAAGGUGUGUGUGUGUCUACUACGGGCCCGAGAGUGUGUGCGUGCUUGUGGGUCCAUCGUUCAGAUUGUGAUUGAAUUCGUUUGGUUGCACGCUCCUACAUAAAAUAUACGAUCAGGACUCUCUCGCACACACGCACACACACUCACUUUCUAACCAAAUAUUUCCUCAUUUUUUUCUGUUGUAAUCUGCUCGAAGUGAUCGUGCCACAAGUGUACCGCACAAACCAAAGAACUAAACGAGAGACCCCAUUGUGCAUCAUGGUGUGUGUGUCACCAAGGUGAUGGUGAUACAUACAUGCCUGCGUUUGCUUGGUUUUGUUAUGUCAUACAAACAGAAAAGCAUCGAGAGGGAAAGAAAUGGGAUUUUAUACAUAAAAAGAAAUUUAAAAACAAAAUCAUCGAAACUGUUUAAACAGCAAAUCAAUACUUUUCGAACCGUACAUUCUAAAUUAUACACCAAAAACAUCAAUCAGUGUGCAAAAUUAAGCGCAUAAAAUAACAGAAAUUAGAACGUAUAGCAAAUGGGUGUGUAUGUACAGAGCUCUAAAAUACCAUCAUCGCCCAGAGAGAGAGCGAGAGAGAUUGUGUGAUAAUCGGAGAGUUUUGUUUAAUAAAUAGCAAACAAAAAAUGUUCCUUCAUUUGGGGCUAAGGAUCCAACCCUCAGCGGGCACGAAACACGCACACAACAAUCAUCGCGCCACCGCUCAUCGAUCACUCCCGAUUAAAAACUUAAAAUGCUAAAACUUAACUGUUUUUUGAGUAUUUUUUUAAACCUUUUUUUACUGCCUUUUUUUACAUUUUGUGUUUUUUGUUUUUUUAUUUGGUUUUGGUAUCAUGCAGAAGGUGUUUGUGUUUGUUUUUUUUUUACAUUUCUCGCGUACUUCUACUACCACUGCUGCUUGCUGCUUUAUCCGAAACGAUACA